AUGCAGUCUUUUGAUUCAUUUUUGGUAGACCAUGCUUUGGAUGUGGAGCAUUCGAACGCUUUUAAAAUACUAAACACGUUAGUUGAUGAGGGCCUUAUUACCGAGGAGCGUGCGUAUUAUCUUAAGGAAAAGUUCAAAGAGCUACACACUCAUGUUCUAUCCAUCUAUAGACGCGACAACAUUCUCUUAAAACGAGCUCGCCAGCUCCGAGGUGACCUGGACCGCGAGCGGGAACGGGUGAGAUCCCGUGGUGAUAUCGCUCGUAAAGAUGAUGAUGAAAUUAACCAUCUGAGGCAAAUUCUUAUGGGGAUCGAAAAGGAGCUCGUGGAGGCGCAGGAACGGGAGAGCGUGCUGCAAGUCGAGGCACUGGAAUUUGAUCGGCGCAAGCAGAGUCUUAUUCUAGAACGUGAGGACGCCCAAGCCGCCGAGGUGGCUCGUCUACGGCCCAAGCUGGAGAGGAUCCAAACCGAAAUUCAGGAGAUGGGGGACCAUAUUAAAGAGUUAGUGUCCCAAUACGAUGCUCUCAAGAUUGAAAAGCGUCAGCUUGAGGAAAAGGAGGUUGCCAAUAAGAUGGGGUCUGGUAACUUCAAUGUUUCCCUUACUCAAGCCAAACAACACCUCGCUAAUAUGGAUCGUGAACCCGAACGAGCACAAAAACAGCUAGAUCUCGUCUGCCGCUCGCUGCAGGGUGCGCGUAAGGAGUUGGAACUAGUUGACGAAAAGAUUGCCGCUCAGAUGGACACACUUAACAAGCUAGAAUUGCAGCUCAGCAACAAAGAUAACGAUCUUGCGGCAACUUUAGCUAGUAUUCAGAAGAUUCGGAGCGAAAUGGAUCCAAAGCAGAGUGCCUUGUCGACGCUCAACGCAUCCUUGGGGAUGGAACAGGAGUUACGUCAAGGUUAUCAAGAAAGGCUUGUUGAGUUAGGAAACCUUAUCAAGUCAACCAAGGCAUCUGAAAAGGAGGAGCAUGAUGGGAUAGAGAAGCUUCGGCGAGAAAAAGAGCGCUGUAUGAAUGAGUACAAGAAUCUUCAGUCCGAACAUGACAACAUUAUCUAUGCACAGCGAUCGCUUAAGGAUCAAAUCUCGCGAAUUUCUGCUGAAAUGAGAGUGACGGAGGGGAUGAGGAAGGAGUUAUCCCAAAAAAUUCAGGACCUGACGAACACCUUAGAAUUGCACACGAAGCGGUUUCUCAUAGAACAAAAUAAAGAACAAGAUUUUACAAAACAGGCUCGGGAUAUGAUUGAAAACUUGUCCGAUGUCAAGGAAUGUAUUGCUGAACGGAUUCGCCAGGAGGAGCUAAAGCGUCGUGAGAUUUUGUCUACCAUUGCUCAGCGACAGGAAAAGAGCCAAGACUGCACUCGUGAAUAUAACCGGUUGAUGCUUGUGAAAAAUGAGCUGCAAACCAAGGAAUUAUACGUUGAAGAUAUGCAGAAGCGUCGUAACGCUCUCGAAAAACGCUUGAACGCGCUCACAGGUGGCUUCCAGAAGUUGCGGCAUGAGCGCAGCCACAAAAUGAUGCUCAUAGAACGCUUUAAGCAGAAGAUAUCAGAAGUGGCAGAGAAGAUGAAGAUCAUUGAUAAGGAAUUAGUUGUGCUUAAGCGUGAGGAUUACCUAAAGGAGAAGCUGCUGCUUCAGAAGAAGCAACAAUGCUCGGAAUUGCACCAAGCAUACAUGAAUCUGGGUCUGGAAAGAAAUAACCAACGCAAACAGAUGGAUAUCGCCGCAGACGUUGCGAUGGAUGUGUGUAAGCAGGUGAAAUCUCUGAACAUUGAAGUCGUCUCUGUUGAAAAGACUAUGACGCAACUGAGAGACGACUAUGCCGCGGCCAUCGAGGCGCGCAACCAGACGGGAAUUCAUCUCAUUGAUUUAAACACCAAAGUGGCACUUCUGAAAGAGACUGUAGGGGCACAAGAGGUCGCGCUUCAGGAAGGCAUGCGUAUGAUAAGCACUCGUACUGAGGAGGUGCGGCGCUUGAAUAUACGGCUUUCCGACCUACGCCGUGAGAUCGAGCUCUGCGAGCGGUCGGUGCCAAAGGCGAAAAAAUUGGAGGAGGAGCUCGCCCAACUAGCCGAAGACAUCGAUGAUGAGCGCUGGAGGACUGAGAUUCUCGAAAAUGAUUUAACAGAUCCGAAAAAUCCCUAUCGCUGGCGUAAGGUAGGGAAACUGAUUACUGACAGUUCAUUAAAGAAUGAUGAAAAGCAUUUGCACAAUACAAUUGCUGCGGGAUCUAACGACAAGCAGCGUGCGCCUGAGGGCACGAGUAGCCGUAUUGGUACCUCAGCAGGGGUGAGUAUUGAUAAGGGAGGAACUCCCGCUGAUGAAAAUGAGCGUAUUUCUGAGGAGUAUAUACAUCUUCAGGACCGUGCCCAGGCUCUUGAGAAUGAUUUGAACAAAAUCAACGGAAAGUUGCAUGAGAAGGAGCUUAUUUUGGCCGAGGUUCAAGAUUUAGCAGAGCGCAUUGGCGCGCAGGCACAAAGCGGGAAAAAAGUCACGAUCUCACUCGCUAAGCAGGUAAACCAAUACCAGUGCGGAAUUCGUAAUCGUAGCCGGCAAAUGAUGGCCACUGUCUCGGAGCUUUCCCUCUUUCAGGCUUCGAGUAUUCAGCUUCAGCAGGAGGUAGCUCGCCUCGAGCAUGUUUUUGAGGAAGCCAAACGCCGCAUGGAGGCGGGCGAGGCCCCCUUUGAGGACGCUGAGCAAGAAUUUAAACGCAAGAAAAUAGAGCGACAGUACUACGCGGCUUUUCAACAGCGCCGGCAGGCGGCUAAGGAGGCGGAGUAUGGGGAUCAAAAGAACUCAAAUGUCGUCUUCACGACUGCUGAACUUCGUCCGAAUUCUUAUAUCCCCCAUGAUGACAGGUUGCCAAUCCCACGACCAUUCGGUGCGCACGCCCCUUUUAAGCCUACUUUUCCCGUAUUAACUUCCGUUUUCGUCCCACACGACGGGUCUGGCGACUCUGUCGCCAUGACACCGUCCCGAAACGCGGCCGAGGCUUCAACAAGGAUUGAGAAAAGGAUACCUCCCCUCCCACCUCCUCCGCACCUGAGAGAGAAUCUACCACUUGGAACGGAAUAG